AUGAAGCACUUUGCGGUCGGGACAAUGGAGACUGUGGAGGAGGCCCUUGGCAUUGGAAGGCCCAGCAGCGGCAGCACCGACGCCCCGGACGCCUCGGCCUGUCGGGAUCUCAAGGAGUGCAGCGGCGCGGCGCAGGUGAGGCAGCCCUGCAGUGCCAGCGUCGGCUCGCCCAUAGCUGGGACGGGCUCCAGGAAUCUACCUCCCGUGCUGGAGCACGAGGUGCUGACGUCUCAGGAGGCCCAGGACUGCCCCGCAGCCGCGCCGCCCAGCAGCCCGAAGUGCCUGCAGCAGCUGGCCCACCAAGAGUACAAGCCAACGCCGCCCAGCACGCAGUCUCUUUCGCUGGCGUUACUGCUCCUUCAGUGGAACGUUCCGGUGCUGGCGGGCAGUUGCUGCCUGUUGCACGCCGCCUUAUAUUAUUCGGACAGGACGUCUUUGGAAUUUCGCCGCGUCCCUUGUAACCUACGCGGUGACAGCUUGUUCCGCGGCCAGUGCGACCAAUGCGGGCUGCUGAUGUUCCAGCACCAGUCGUGCUGCGAGUUCUGCGACGCCCCAGCAGCCGCGAGCGUCGGCACCGAUGCCUCGCUUUCAGGAGGCACGAUUUCUGCGUGA